AUGCAUUUGCGAAUCAUCUUCUUCCUAGCAACUGGAUUUUGUGCAGUUUUUGCGCACUCGUUACCUUCUCUCGAACAACGUUCCUUACAGGACGAUCUUCAGGACUUUCUAGAUCUUAUUCCCUUUGAACAAAUUAGAAAUACUGUGCAAGAAUAUUUAGACAACGAUUCCGAAGUGCAAGAGGCAUACGAAUAUCUGAAAUCGGAUGAAUUUGCCAAAGCCUGGAAGUAUGCUGUCGAACAUCCGGAUAUUUUGGAAAUUCUGGAUUAUUUACAGGAAAGCGGCCUGGACAUUGUAGAGCUUUUGAACAAAAUUGCUGACUAUUUAGGUCUCCAGACCUUGGAACCAAGAUCCAUCAAUUACAACGAUGAAAUUCCAAUUUCCACAGGUGGUCUCAAGGAAUUGGUGAAUAAAAUUAAGGACAUGUUACCUUUAACCGAUUUUAUGAUCUUAUUCUUCGACAAAAUGGACAAUAGCGAGGACUUCCAGAAUCUAAUGACCCGCAUUCAAUCUACUGAUUUUCAAAAAAUUAUCGAUUUUGUAGAAAACUCUCCAGAAAUUUUGGCUCUAAUUGAUAAAUUGGAAAAUUUAGGCUUUGAUGUUGACACAAUAAUCGAUUUCAUCAAAAGCUUCUUCGGAUGGUCUUAA